GACAGGGUCCUGAAAAAGGGAUGUUUCUUUUUUUGCUGAGUUUAUAUUUUUAUAUUGAUCCGAGGGCCUUCAGAAGGAGGGCCGCGGGCCACCAGCUGCCCAUUCCUGUUAUAUACCAAUGUCUUUGACAUGUGCUGAAUGCAGCCAGAAGCCAUCUUAACUGUGACUGGAUGUGUCCCAAAUGGCACCCUAUUCCCUACAAUAGUGCACUACUUUUGACCAGAGCCCUAUUGGCCAUGGUCAAAAGGAGUGCACUAUAUAGGGAAUAGGGUCCCAUUUUGGGACACAAGGUGAGUCAUCAGCGCUAAUGGGGGACAGGAAACAUGCACAAUUUAAUCUGGAGUGGAGGGCUCUUCAUCUGUGUGUCUGUGUGUGUGUGUGUGUGUGUGUACUUACUGUGUGUGUGUGUGUAGUUACUGUGUGUGUGUGUGUGUAGUUACUGUGUGUGUGUGUGUUUAAUCUGUGAUGGCUGCUGACUGCUAAAUGCCCACUCAUAGGGCCUUUGUUCUCUAAUAGGGCAAACUCAACCCUGCCCUGAUGUUAUGGGGAGAUUGAUAUAAUGUAACUAUAGUAACUACACUGGAAGGCUAUGGAUGGAUGGAAAGUUAGUUUCCAGAAAUGUUAUGGAAAUCCAAACAGCAGUAUAAGAAGUGUAUUUGGAAUGGAAGGGACCAUAUUGAAUUCCGGUGAUAGGCUUAGGGCUAUCUAUCUACAUAUUUGGUGUAUAGUACACUGAAUAGAAUUAUGAUUAGCCAGUGAUUAGCAGUCACACUUCAGUAUCUGCAAACAAAACAAACAAAACAAUUUGCAUCUGAAGGCCCUCUCUCUGGGUUGGGGUGGAAUGGGAUCAGGUGGUGACAGAGAGAAUGAAUUACUAUAAAUUAACUUUGACAAUAUGGCUCAUCUCUUUUAUUGAUUAGUACAAAUACACUGCUACCCUUUGAGUUAGAGUUUGCUAUUGACUGGCUGCACAUAAUCCUUCCAUUUACUAAAAACCAACUGAAAUACAACUGACAAUCUUUCUAGGUAACACUGCAUUAAGUUGCUCUUAUACCUGGAGUUGAGGGUGAUUUUUGUAAUUACACGAGGAAUAAGCUAUUCCUUAGUGUUCAGAGGUCCAGGUCAGGUGGCCUUCAGAGGCAGGAAGUGAUGUAUUAACACUGUGUUUGUUUGUUAGUUUGUUUGGCAAAGGUGCAGCUCCAAGCUCCAAGGCAGACGGACACACCGCUUUUACAGGAAGGUAGACACACCUACCCCUGGCCAGUUUGAUCCCCUUGUGUGUGCAAAUGAGUGGCCUGGCUGAGGAGCGCAGCGUUGAGACACACCACAGAGCCCACACAGUAGGAUGUCGUGGGUCAGAGGCUUCUUCGUAGCCAGAGUGGACGAGCGAAAGACCGCAUGGGGGGAGCGCAAUGGCAGCAAGUCCAAAAAGCGAAAGGACGGUGGCUCAGGGUCGUCUCUCUGCAAGCCCCGCUACAUGAGCUGCCUGCGGGACGCUGAGGACCUGGAUCCACCCCCUCCCACUCCCCAGCACUACCACUGUGGUGGAGGGGGUGCCGGGCCCAGCGGAGGGGGUAACUUUGGCAUGCGCUGCGUCUGGCAGGAGGACCACUAUGGGAAACGGACCGGGGCGACAGGAGACCUGGGGUUAAAGGCUGUGGAUCUGGGUUUCGACGAUGGAGAUCUGAGAGGGAGGAACGGACCAGGGGGGGAGGAAUUGGGGGAAGGAACAGGGGAUGACGGAGGAACAUGCAAAGCCUUGACAGCCGCCGAGUGCUGGAUGCGUGUGGUACGGGUGUUCCAGUCCAAGAAGUUCACCUCGGCAAAACUGGAACGUCUGUACCAGCGCUACUUCUUCAGACUAAACCAGAGCUCUCUGACUAUGCUGAUGGGUGUCCUUGUCAUAGUAUGUGGCGUCAUGCUUGCCUUCCACUGUGUCCACGCUCUGCCCAACGUGGCCUACGCCUCGGUGCUCUCCGUGGCCAUGGCCCUCUUUCUGUCCAUGAUGGUGGUGUGCAACAGGAACGGCUUCCACCAGGACUACAUGUGGAUCGUCAGCUACCUGGUGAUCGGGGUGCUACUAGUGGUCCAGGUGUUCGGGGUGUUGAUGGUGGCCCCCCGGAGCGCCUCUGAGGGGAUCUGGUGGGCUGUCUUCUUUGUGUACAUUAUCUAUACACUGCUGCCAGUGAGGAUGAGAGCUGCAGUGCUGAGUGGAGGGGUACUGUCUACCAUACACCUCAUCACCGCAUGGCAACUCAACCAGGACGAUGUCUUCCUAUGGAAACAGCUGAGUGCCAACGCUUUGGUCUUCCUGUGUACCAACAUGAUAGGUAUCUGUACCCACUACCCUGCCGAGAUGUCUCAGAGACAGGCCUUUCAGGAGACCAGGGGGUACAUCCAGGCCCGGCUCUACCUGCAGAGAGAGAACCAGCAACAGGAACGCUUGCUGCUGUCGGUGCUUCCGAGGCACGUUGCCAUGGAGAUGAAGGCAGAAAUCAACGCCAAGAAGGAAGAUAUGAUGUUCCACAAGAUCUACAUCCAGAAACAUGACAACGUCAGUAUACUGUUUGCUGACAUCGAAGGAUUCACCAGCCUGGCAUCACAAUGCACAGCACAAGAAUUGGUGAUGACACUGAAUGAACUUUUCGCUCGCUUCGACAAACUAGCUUCGGAGAACCACUGUCUGAGGAUAAAGAUCCUUGGGGACUGCUACUACUGUGUGUCGGGGCUGCCUGAGCCCAGGGCCGACCACGCUCACUGCUGUGUGGAGAUGGGAGUGGACAUGAUAGAGGCCAUCUCGCUGGUGAGAGAGGUCACAGGGGUCAACGUGAACAUGCGUGUGGGUAUCCAUAGCGGUAGGGUCCACUGUGGGGUGCUGGGACUCAGGAAGUGGCAGUUUGACGUCUGGUCCAACGAUGUCACGCUAGCCAAUCACAUGGAGGCAGGGGGCGCGGCAGGGCGUAUCCACAUCACCAAGGCCACCCUACAGUACCUUCAUGGGGACUAUGAGGUGGAGCCGGGGUUCGGAGGGGACAGGAACACCUAUCUCAAGGAGAACAACAUCGAGACAUUCCUGGUGCUGGGAUGCAGCCAGAAAAGGAAAGAGGAGAAGGCAGCGAUGGCCAAGAGUGCCAUGAUGCAGCGGGUACGUGCCAACUCCACUGAGGGCCUGAUGCCACGCUGGGGCCCUGACACAAGGUUCUCCAGGACCAAGGACUCCAAGGUUUUCAGACACAUGGGAAUUGAUGAAACUUCCAGACAAGACAACCGUUGUUCCCAGGAGGCCCUAAACCCUGAGGAUGAGGUGGAUGAGUUUCUGGGCCGAGCCAUCGACGCCCGCAGCAUAGACCAACUCCGUAAAGACCACGUCAAGAAGUUUCUUCUCACCUUCCAGACUAAAGACCUGGAGAAGAAGUUCUCCAAGAAGGUGGAUGAUCGUUUCGGAGGCUACGUGGCCUGUGCUCUGUUAGUCUUCUGCUUCAUCUGUUUAAUUCAGAUGAUCAUAUUCCCACACACACCUCUCAUGCUGGGUUUCUACAUCACCAUCUUCAUCAUCCUCGUCAGCAUCCUCUUCAUCUGUGCCAUUUACUCCUGCAUCAAGCUCUUCCCAGUUGCCUUGCAGACAGUGACUAAGAAGAUAGUCCAGUCUCGUACCAACAGUACCCUGGUGGGGGUCCUCACCAUCCUACUCCUCUUCAUGUCUGCCUUCGUUAACAUGUUGACCUGUGACAGAGAGGGACUGGUGGACUGUGUGGGGCGUGAGAGGAACCUGUCCUCCAGCCUGGUGACUCUGUGUCUACUACACAACCUGACCCAGUCAGCACAGGACGGACUGACCCUGUGCCCCAGCCAGCCCACACCAUGCCACUUCCCUGAGUAUUUCUGCUACAGUGUUCUCCUGACCCUGCUGGCCUGCAGUGUGUUCCUCCACAUCAGCAGUAUAGGGAAGCUGGCCCUCAUGGUGCUGAUCCUGGUCACCUUCCUGCUGCUGGUGGAGUGGCCCCAGGUGGCCCUGUUUGACAACGCAGACCUGCUGCUCACCGCCAACACCCUGUUCAAUGAAACAGCUACAAAGACAUGCCAGGAGAGUGUGACCAAGGUGUCCCUAAAGGUCAUGACCCCUGUCAUCCUUACGGUGUUCGUCCUGGCUCUGUACCUGCAUGCUCAGCAGGUGGAGUCCAUCGCACGCCUCGACUUCCUGUGGAAGCUGCAGGCCACAGAGGAGAAAGAGGAGAUGGAGGAGCUUCGGGGCUACAACCGCCGCCUCCUCCACAACAUCCUGCCUAAAGACGUGGCCGCCCACUUCCUGACGCGGGAGCGGCGCAACGACGAGCUCUACUACCAGUCCUGUGAGUGUGUGGCCGUCAUGUUCGCCUCCAUCUCCAACUUCUCUGAGUUCUAUGUGGAGCUGGAGGCCAACAACGAGGGAGUGGAGUGUCUUCGGCUGCUCAACGAGAUCAUCGCUGACUUUGACGAGAUCAUCAGUGAGGACAAGUUCCGCCAGCUGGAAAAGAUAAAGACCAUCGGUAGCACUUACAUGGCAGCCUCUGGCCUCAACGACUCUACCUACGACCGUGAGGGACGAUCGCACAUCCUGGCUCUGGCAGACUACGCUAUGAGACUCAAAGAACAGAUGAAGUACAUCAACGAACACUCCUUCAAUAACUUCCAGAUGAAGAUAGGUCUCAACAUGGGUCCGGUGGUGGCUGGGGUGAUCGGGGCCAGGAAACCCCAGUAUGAUAUCUGGGGGAACACUGUCAACGUGGCCAGUCGUAUGGACAGCACCGGAGUGCCAGACUGCAUACAGGUGACCACAGACCUGUACCACGUCCUGGUAGACAAAGGCUACCAUCUGGACCACAGAGGCCUGGUCAAGGUGAAGGGGAAGGGAGAGAUGACCACAUACUUCCUGACCAGCGGUCCCAAUGGUCCCUAGGGCAGUUAACCACCGACGGUCAUGGGAUUACCGCUGGCUGCUAAUACAUGAAGAAGAGAGAGAUGUGAGGGAGGGAAAGCGGGACAAUGGGGGGAAGAAGAGAGAGAGGGGGAGAGUGAGAUGAGACAGAGAGAGCAAGAGAGAGAGAGAAAGAAAAACAGCUAAUGAACACUGGAACAUAAAGAAGAAAACAGUUCAACUCCGUGAUGGAAAGGUGUUUGUGUGUGACCAUGUAUUCUUCUGCACACAACUUUAGGGUUGAGUCUCAAAUGCCACCCUAUUGCCUAUAUAGGGGCCCAGGCCCUGGUCAAAAUUAGUGCACUAUAUAGGGAAUAGGGUGCCGUAUGGAACGCACCCACGGAAGUUUGUUCUUACUUCAAGGCUUUUUCGACAAAGCUACCGGUACUUGAAAGAUAUAAUGAAAUAAUUAUAAUGAAGACCUGUUGCCUUAGAAGGAAAUUACAGAACAAAAGGCUAUAUUUGUUUUGUUGUGAGCUACACUACAAGUAGUUCACA